AUGCCUGGCAUUGAGGCGCCCGAGAAGUCCGGCCUGGAGGGCCAACGGCGGAAUCAAGGCGACACAGCAGCAAGCAAGCUGCCCUCCUUCUACUCCCCACGGACAACUCCUCGCGAUGGUGACAGCGACGUCGACGUUCCUGCCGCGGCGCUCGAUGGCCAAGCGCCAGCAGCUCCUCAGACACAGCAGCCACCAACCUCCAACCCAGACCAGGACGAGGCCUUGAUAGCCGAGCCACCGCCAUCUCUCCUCAGCCCCUCCUUCACCCCUCCCUCGACGCCGGGCACUGCUACGCCGCUUACAUCUGUCUCUUCCGUCACCGGCGCAUCCAUUGGGCCACCUUCCACCACUCUACGCCCAGCACGCGCUGUACCCGUCGACUCCACGCUACCCGACUCCACAUCCGGCUGCGGCACCAAGCGCCCGCGCCUCGUCGAGCGCCUGCCACAGGUUGAGUGCAUCGUCCGGGCACGCAUACCCACUGUCGCCGGCACGGAGAUGUUUUUGCACCUGUACUCGAACGAUGUGGACAACAAGGAGCAUCUGGCCAUUGUGUUCGGGGAGAACAUACGGAGCAAGAGCUUGGACGAGCCCCGGCCGGGGGAGACGGAGACCGACCGGAUGGUGCGCGGGGCCUACGUAGGGAGGCUGUUCCCCGGCCGCACCAGUAGCGGCAUGCCACAUGGCCAGGCCGAGGGGGGCGACGCGGCCGUGUCACAAGGGAGCGGCGAAAUCCCCCUCGUGCGCAUACACAGCGAGUGCUACACAGGCGAGACGGCGUGGUCGGCGCGGUGCGACUGCGGCGAGCAACUGGACGAGGCGGCCCGGCUGAUGUCGCUGCCGUCGAACAAGGCCGGCGGCAUCAUCAUCUACCUGAGGCAGGAGGGGCGGGGCAUCGGGCUCGGGGAGAAGCUCAAGGCGUACAACCUGCAGGACCUCGGCUCGGACACGGUCGAGGCGAACCUGCUGCUGAGGCACCCCGCGGACGCGCGGAGCUACGGGCUGGCCACGGCCAUGCUGGCGGACCUGGGCCAGAGGGACAUCAAGCUGCUGACCAACAACCCGGACAAGAUCCGGGCGGUGGAAGGGCCUAACAGGGAGAUCGUGGUCAGGGAGCGGGUUGAGAUGGUGCCCCUAAGCUGGAGGGGCCGGGGCGGCUUCAGGAGCAAGGAAGUGGAGGGAUAUUUGAAGACCAAGAUCGAGAAGAUGGGGCAUAUGCUCGACAUGGACUCGGGCCCACAGUGA